GUUAUUAGUCAUCAAAAUAGCAGACAACGGAUUUGAUUCCCUUCUAUGCCUUUACGAAUAUACACAAUCAGCAUGCAAGAAGAAGUUGAGGAAAUAAUAAAACUUUCAUUAAAAAAGGCUUUGGAUCAUGAUGCUCAAGGAAACAUUGGUCAAGCAUACGCUUAUUAUACUGCAGUAUUAGAAUUUUGUCCAUCAAAAAGAGCAGAGCUCAAAAAAAGAUUUACUACAAUAUUAUGUGAAUGGGGAAUCCACUUAGAACAGAAUAAUCGUAUGAAAGAUAUUAUUAAAUGCUAUGAAAAUUCACUCGAAAUUUUUCCUGAUAAUUCAAUAAUGCUUAAUAAUUUUGCUGCACAUUUUUUACGAAAUGGAGAAUUUCUUAGAGCAAUAAAGUACUUACAAAGAGCGUUGGAAGCAGAUCAAAACUUUUUACCAGCUGAAAGAAAUUUGCAAAAUGCUUACAGUAUGGCUGUAGAUAGAUGGCAUUUCACAAUGUUAAAUGAUAAAAGUAGAAAUCAUGCUUUUUAUCAAGCAAUUACAAAAAGAGUAUGCUUAGGUUACAAUACAGUUUUAGAUAUAGGCACUGGUACAGGAUUACUAAGUUUGUAUGCUCGUGAAGCUGGUGCUCAUAAAAUUUAUGCUUGUGAAUAUUCACCAGCAAUGUGUAAUAUUGCAAAAGAAGUUUUUAAUAAAAAUAAGGCAGAAGAUAUUAAGCUGAUAUGUAAAGCAUCAACUGAUUUAAAAAUUCCUGAAGAUAUACCUGAAAGAGUGAAAUUGAUAGUUACAGAAAUAUUUGAUGCAGCUUUAUUUGGGGAAUUAGUUAUACCAACAUUAAUUGAUGCACAUAAUAAUCUUUUAGUCUCAAAUGGUACAGGUAUUGUUAUACCUAUGUCUGCAACAUUAUAUGUAGCAGCAGUUGAAUGUGAAUACAUUCGAUUUAGAACUUCUGUUUCAUUUAAUAGAAUUAAGUUUGGAUCUUUAAAUUUUGAUAACAUAUGUAUUUUAUCUGAUGAAGAUUAUUAUGAUACUGAAAAUUUAGAAAACGUUAACAUUAAUUAUAUUACAGAGCCUAGGUCAAUACUUAAAGUCAAUUUCAAUGACAUAAAUAAAUUAAAUUAUUUUAAUAAAGAUGGAGUCAAAGAAAUAGUCACGAGUGUUUGUCGUUAUGAUUGUAUAGUUGAUGGUUUGGUAGCCUGGUUUAAAUUGAAUCUAGAUGAAGAAAUAGUAUUAGAUUCAUCUCAAGGAAAAUCUUGUUGGCAAUUAGCAGUAUUUCCAACAUUUCCAAAAAAUGUUAGAAUAAAUGAUAAAUUAAUAUUAACAGCACAAAUUUUAAAUGGAAGGUUAAAAUGUUCAUAUGAAUUAGCUCAUAAAGAUAUAAGUCUACCUAAUAAAUUUAUUUAUCAAUUACCACGGGAUAUAAUUACAUUUUUAAAUGAUGAAGAAUAUACAACAUCCUUAAUUCAAGUGGCAACAUCAAAGAAACAAGAAUAUUUGAAAACAAUUUUUGAUACAUGCCCUUUUCCAAUAUAUGGUCUGACAAUAUUAAAAGAAAAUAAAAACUGUGAAAUUUUAUAUUAUCGAACAAAUAAUAUAGUAUUAAAAAAUUUUAUUGAACAUAUAGUUAAAAUAAACAAUAUCAUAGGAAAAAUUUAUUUUAUAUCUGAUUACAAUGAAAUUAUUAAUAAAUUAGAUAAUAUUAUUGUUCAUGAUUUUGAUAUGAAAGGAGAAUUAAUAGAUUGUGGCCAACAAAACUACCGUGAAAUUUACAGAUCUUUAUUGAAUUCAAAUGGUUAUCUAUUUCCAGAGAGAAUUUUUCUUAUGGGACAAUUUGUAUAUUCUGAGGAAUUACCAAAAAUGAUUUCAGUGAAAGAUAACAAUCUUCAAAAAUGUACUAAUUUUAGAUUAUCAGAUACUACAAAUUCAUUUCCUGAUAUAGGUAAUGACAAUGAUGACGACGAAUGUUGUACUGUAGAACAAAUAGGUAAUUCAAGUAUCAACAGUUUUAAAUAUAUGAUAGCUGAUUUUAUAAAUAAAUUCAAGAUAAAUCAAGUUUUUGAUUUAAAUUCAAGUCUAUAUAACUACAAAGCUUUAUCAGAUGUAAAAAUAUUAGUGGAAAUUGAUGAAUCAGAAAUGAAAGAGAAGGUUAUAAAUUUUGGAAAAAUUGAUUUAGAAAAAUAUAAAACUACUCCAAAUGCCUUAAUAUGUUGGUAUAAAAUUCAUAUUAGUAAUGAUAAAUAUUAUGAAACUAAACGAAAAAGAUCAUUUAUGAAUCAUACAGCAAUUGUAUUUGAAAGUGAAUUAGAAAAAAAAGCAUUACAAGGUGAAGAUGUAAAUAUAAAAAUUCAACAAAUGCAUGAUUUGGUAAAAAUUAAAGUAAUAUAA